AGUGUUAAAGACGUCAUCGGAUCUAAAUCCAGUUGCUGAGUUAUUGCCUGAGUCAGGAACUGGAUUAAAGCAGUGGAUGUGUCUACAGGUGUGUGUGUGUGUGGUAGAAUGGGCAAUAUAUACUGCUAUAUUUCUUCCCUUGCAUAUGUGUAUAUGAAUGGUUUUAUUUAUGUGUGUGUGUGUGUGUAAAAUUGUAACUGGUUUUAUUUGUGCGUGUGUGUGUGAAUGUUCUUCCUAGAUCAUUUUGUGCGUGUUUAAUCCUUGAGGUUAUGACUGAAAGAUGUGAGUUUGUUUGUGUUCUCCCUCUCAAGCUGCAGCGUCGUUCCCCCCUACAGCCAUCUGUUUACGAUCUUUCAGUAAGUGUCAGGAGCCAAGCGCUCCCCCUCUCCUUGUCUCCCUCUUUCAAGAGAUGAUCAGAGGAGCAAACAACCAGUGAAAAGAGAAGCGAUGGAGCGAUGCUCCAUCUCUGGACUCACUGCUCUCUUGCGCCUCCUGCUGGUUGCCGUCAUCAUUUGUCCCCCUCAUUGCCGUGCGGGCGACGAGCCUGCCGACAUGCAGCUGUCCGCUACACCCCAGGCCACACCCACUCCGCUCUGGGCAGUCGACUGGGGUCCCACGCAGCCGCUGGAGGACGAGACGCAUCACUUCCUGUCCAGUCAGGAAGUCGAGGGCGUGAAGCAGGCCACACCCGAGGUGUGGCCGCGUCGCAGGAACGCCCAAGCCAACCAAACCCAACAGCAGCCGCUGUCCAUCGAAGCCAAGGACUCGGCAGAGGAGCAGGAACGAGACGCAGAGGAAAGAGAGAUUGAAGAAGUGGAUCCUCAGUUUUACGUCACCGUGACUAUCUCAUCUCUCCUGAUUCUCUCUGCACUCAUCAUAUCGGCCAAACUCUGUUAUGACCGCAGCCUGUCUCAGCGUCCUCCCCCUCUUUCCCUCGCCAUCCCUCGUUCCCUGGCCCCAGAGGAUAGCAGGCACACACUUCAGAGCACCCCCUCGUUCCCUGACAGAGAAAGACUUCCUGUGGUCAAUCUUUGAAGAGCUGACUGUACCAAGCUUUCUAAUCACAUCCUCUGGGCAUGGAAUGUGAAAAAACA